CGGCAUAGUAGAGGGGGGAGAGUGUAAAUGGAGAGGCGCUAACAAGAUCCGAGUAAAAAAAAAAAAAAAAAAAAAAAACAAGAUCCGAGUCGGCCGGACGCUGAUGCGCCGCUGCAGUGAGCGACAGUGUAGACGAAGGAGGAGAAGGAAAAGAAGGGGAAGGAGAAAGGAAGAAGAAUAAAGUGGAGGACGAGGAAUAAGUAGGGAAGAGGAGGUGGAAAGCUAACGAGAGGAGGUUCGAAUAGGAGGGGAGUUAUCUGAAGGCUACCAUAGCCGUCAGGAGCUGCGAGGCGGAAGCUCGUUGCCCAAGAGGAUCGUCUUCAACAAACAGCGCGCUGAGGCUAUGCUUUGGACUGAUGGGAAUGCUUACCUCAAGCAGGGAUGACGCUGUUUUGGAUCACCUCAGCCCAACGCGUGGAGUCGUGUUACCAGUCCUGUGCAGAUUCUUCGAACAAUGAUUCGCAGUCUAUCAUUAGUUUGCAGCAACGGGAGAUCUGAUGGUCUUUUUCGCGCAAGGGGUUGACACCACUCAUACCAUGUGAACUAGUUAUUCCUGGAUCAUCACGGAGAGUUGGUAAUGGAGUUGAUUGAGUGACGAUGGGUGCUAGUUCCAGUUAAGGGGUUGUUAGUUAGAAGUGAGUGUUUAAUACUGGUUGAUGACUCAUAUGUCUGAGAACGUUGUCCUCAUACGAUGAUCAUUGUAGGGAACUUGUGGGCAUAAGGUAACUUUCAUACGGUAGGGAUGGGACUCUCGAUGAACUGAUUGUGCGUAGGAGCAGCGUAGAGGUCCAGAUACGGUUUCUAGGAGUGAACAACGAAGUAUAGGAUCUAUAUUCGCUUUCGACUGCGGAGAAGUAUGGGGAUGUGCUGUUCUCGAGGACUGAUGUAACGAAUGGCGCAGGGGGACUAUCUAUGUAGAACGAUAGAUACAUGGUUCCCUGUACUUCCGUGUCGAAGGGGGGGAGCAAGCGGCGUCGAUAUCGGCAGCCCGUGGAAGCAAAAUGUCUGCGAAGAUACGUCCUUUCCGUCCACCGUGAUGCAACUCGAAUGGAGUCACGCCAAUCGUCGGGUGCACCGAAGUGUUGUAGGCGAACUCGAUGUCGGGAAGGUGGUCAACCUAAUCCUUCUGAUCCGGGCGGAUGAGUGUGGGAAGCAUCAUCUGCGCAGUCUGGUGCGCAUGUUCCGUUUGCCCAGCCGUUUGAGGAUGUCGUGCGGAACUUGGUUUCAUGCUGGUGCCGGAUUCCACCAUGAGUAUCGUCCAAAAGGUUUACAUGAAACGAGUGUCGCAGUCGUUGACGAUGUCUUUUGGAACGUCGUGGCUGCAAAACCAGCCGGUAUGCAAAAGCCGUGCGAGCUCGGGGGCCGUCGCAUGAUACUUGCAUGGAAGAAAUCGAGCGUACUUGCUCAAAUGGUCAACGACCGUGAGAAUACCAUCAUGGCCAAAGCAAUCGCGAGGGAAAGGGCCGAUCACAUCCAUAGCAAUAGAGAGACCUGGUUCUCGAGGAAUCGGCAAUGGUUUCAGUUUGCCGUACGGGAGCUGAUGGUGCCCUUUGUUCCGGUGGCAAACUGCACAUGACUGAAUGUACCGGUUGAUGUCGCUGAUGCUGUCCGACCAAUCAAAUCGCUAGCGGAGU